AUGGCGUGUAACGCCCCCGCGAGCCGGUUCAUGUUUGUCGAAUACUCCAAGCCCAUCGAACCAGUCAAGGGCCAGAAGAGACGUCGAGGUGGCCCCAGUGAAGUACGCGCGCACAUCACCAAGAACUACCACAGGGCAUUGAGAGUCAAGCGCCUCGAGGCGCUCAAAAGGGGAGGAGAAGGAGAUGCAGGCCCGAUCGAGAGAUCGAAACGAGACACAGAUCGCAAAGGCCCUGCGCGAGAUCCGCGAGAUGGUGAUCAAGUUCGUGAUCACGGGGACGAAGAGCACGGCGAGAAGGGAGAGGACAACGGCUUGUCCAGGCGAAGAGGACCGCCGUGCACUCCUCCCGACGACGACCGCAACGGCGUCGUCGCUCUCCAGCUAAACACCUCGCGCCGUCUCAAGUCAGUCCUUGGCGAAGGUCGAAUCGAUCCGUUCGACGCUCUCCCGGUCCAGGGCGUGCCCCUUUUCAUCCAUCAAGUUCUCGACCACCUGGUUGAAGGGGAGAAUCCCCAUUUCCCAACAGGCGACAAAGAAUGGGGAAGUCUAAUCGUUACUGACAAGCUGCACGGCAUUUCCGCUACACAACAGGCUCUAACCUACUCCUGGCCCAACACCGUCCCCGUCCAACGGUCGCUUUCCAACAUGAACCCCGUCAAGUCGGCCUGGCUGAAGUGCGGCAUGGAGCACCCCGUCGCGUUCCACGCCUUCGUCUACGCGGCCUCGUAUCACGUCCUCUGCGCCUACAACGGCCAAGAAAUCAACGAUUCAGCACCCUUGUUGCGCCUGUCGCACAAGGUCGAGACGAUCAAGUUGGUGAACGAGCAAUUGCAAGCGCUCAGUCUCUCCUCCUCUUGCAAAGGGAAGGGAGGACAAGACCGCAGCAGCAUCGCAUCAUCGGGAGAAAACGGAAACGGGGACGAGAACGGGAACGAGAACGCAGCACCUUCGACUACAAGUAGUGUACCCACCGAUGCGCUGAUUAUGGCCGUGACGAUUAUGAGUAUUCAUCACACCAGGGACGAUGCGGUGUAUCCAACAAUCCACCCCAUAUCUCCCAUGGCCAAAGUUAACAACCUCCAUGUCUACGGCGCCAUGGUCAAUGAUGAAAAGCACAUCCAGGGGAUCUUGCUUUUGAUCGGUCGGAAAGGAGGGCUUGAUAGGGUUGAGUUGUACGGAAUGGCCGAUACGCUACAAUUGUGUGAUGUCUAUUUUGCUUCAAAAUACGCAUGCAGUCCGAACUUCCCGUGGCGCAACCCCGUCAAGUCGCUCGUCUCCACAGGAAGACAUGUGCUCGACCCCGUCGCAAUCGACUUAGACUCCAAACUCGGCGCAGGUUUUCGAUACCUCCGUCAAAGCCCUGCCGGCCGGCAAUUGCUCGAGGUCUUGGACGCCUUCUCCGAGGUCACCGUGGCGUUAGAUCAUCAUGUGCGUGGUGGCCCCACGGCCCCCGAGGUCGAAGAGCUCUCGGAGGUCCGCAACUGCACACAGCAUAGACUCCUCUCUCAAAUGCCGUGUCCAUUGGAUCUGUCGCGUCCGGAACUGUGUGUCCAUCACGCCGUGCGUUUGGGCACCUUGGUUUUUAGUGAGAUGGUCAUCUUUCCCCUUCCUCCCCAGCAAAGAGUGAAACCAAGGCUUGCUCUGAUGCUGCGUCAGACCCUGGAAGCUUGCGACCUUCUCGGAUGUUGGGAUUUGCACAGUCAGGUCUUACUAUGGUCUCUCACGUUGGGGGCAAUCGCAUCAAACUUCACGCCCCAGCGACCCUGGUAUAUUGAGCAGCUGCUACAGCAGACUUUACUUUUGCAGAUCCAAGACUGGUCCAUCCUUGAGUUGAUUUGCUCCAGGUUCUUGUGGUGGAAACCGGUUUGCAGUGAGCCUCUUCGAUGGCUAUGGGAUGAGAUGUUCCCACCAAGCACAAUAGAUGCCACUUGA